UUAGAACACCAAUCAACAUUUGAUCGAAGAGCGAACCGUGAACAAUGAACCCAUACUUUCGUUGAAUAAGUUUCUUAUGGAAUUAUUAUAUCACGUGCAAAGAGUGGGAGAGUCGAAAUACAUGAAGGCUAGUUUUUGGAAUGAGCUAUUUAUGCAGUCGAUUCAACUAAACUGAGUGUGUCAUUACUUUUAGAGCUCCUUUUACUCCUCAAAAGUGAUAUUAAUAUGAAGAGUCAUGUGCUGCACAGGAUAAGUUUGCUUUUCUUUCUGAUUUAUGGUGCAUUUACAUCUUCGAUCCUCCAGAAAGAUGUAGAAGAUAGGAUCUUCACAAUACCCGGAAGCAAUUGUCAACCAAUUCCAGCGGCUUACAAGACAAUCUUGAAUUAUUCACUCCUAAAAAAAGCAUGCACCAAUAUCAGGAGCAAACAGAAAUUGAUGAUCGAAAUAAACUUCCAGGACUUGGAGUCAGAUUUAUUUGAAAAGUUGCCGAAAAUAGAGACUGUCGAUGCUAGUAAUUUAAAUUUUACCGUGAUGAACCUAAGUUCUUCAAAUUUGAGAACUUUAGAUUUAUCGAAAAACAAGAUACGAAAGUUUAGAUUACUUAUCCGUAAAAAUCUGAAAAUUCUUAAUUUAUCAUAUAAUAAAUUGAUGGAUAUCGACUUAACACCAGUGGAGGAAGAAAUUCCCAAUCUGGAAAUUUUGGAUGUUUCACACAAUAUAUUAAGAAAUAUUGUCACUAUUUCUUCACUACAGAAGCUGAAGGACCUGAAUUUAAGUUGGAACCAAAUCAAGACUGUACCUCCUAAUACUUUCUUCAAACUGAAAGAUUUGAUCGCUCUCAAUUUAUCUCACAAUAAGUUAUCAUCCUUAAAUACAUGCUUGUUUUGUUCUUUGGAAAAUUUGAAACUUUUGGAUCUCUCCAAUAACAACAUUGUCACAAUAGAAUUUUUGUUGGUACCUACAAUGAAAUAUCUGCAAACCGUGGAUUUGAACAUGAAUGAAAUUAAAGACUUCAACUACAAAGAACUCAUUGAAAAUCAUCCUGAUUUAAGGACUGUAAGAAUGACUCAUUAUUCACUUAAUUGUAUGCAUUUUUCGGGGAAUGUUAACAAUGAGAAAUGUUUCGUUGCACCAAAUUCCAGUGGAAUAUGCUGCUUAACCAUGAAAAAGCAUGUCACAAGACGUUCAAUACCGCAGUCUCAUUUUCAUACCACUAUUAACGAUAAAAAGUUGUCUCACAACGUAUCUGCAAUCGUACCACCUGAAAACAAAAGAAAAAUUAAAUAUAUUAAUUCGAAGGACUCCUCCAAGAACAAAAUUGAGGACACCGAGAGCAUGGAAAAUAAUAUCAUGCAAAAAAUGUACGACGAUGUGGCCAUCAUCAGUUCUAAACUAGAUGAACUGAAUGAAACCUUAAGCGAUAUGGUUCUGGAAAUUUCUAAUAUAGAUCCUGAUAACCUUAAGGUAGCAGUAGACAAAAUAAUUCCCAAGACGUCUCACAUAGAAACAGAAUAUGAAGAUAUACUCUUCCUUCUGAAAUUCUGUCUCUGCCUAAUAAUGGUACUCGUUUUCUUGAUGGUCUUCAAUAUAGUGGCAAUAAUAAGAAGAAGUCGAAGUUCGAAGAAGUAUAGGAUGAACCUACUCAACUUAGAGAACGUUGAUCACCGUUGAUAUGAUGUCAUAAGACCUUGAUAUCAAAUUAUUUCCAAUUAUCCGGUGAUCAGAAAAUGGAUCUGAUUACCACGCGAAUUUAGAAAUUAUAAAUUGAUUUUAAAUAAUAACGUUGUUGAUGGCGCAUCCAAUUGAAUGACGUGUUUGUGGAUCAGAAAGAGGAAGUCAGUUAGCUAAUUGCAUAAUUGUGAUUGAUGGGUACCUACAAUAAUUCCAUGUAUUCUCUUUGUAAGAGAAAUUAAUUUUGUGUAUCACGAGUGUAAUCAAUGUUAAAUUGAAUAAAAAUUAUAGAUAA